UUCAGAGUCCAGAAUGCAUCCGCCGAUACCACCAAUUAGAUCAUAUUAGAUCCAAUUAGAGCAUCACGAAUGAAGCAAUCGCUUGACUUGUUCAAGUGUUGGUGAGUUCAGUGAUUUCCGUUGAUGAUUUUGAUGGCAGUUGUUUAGGCUGGAAAUGCCCGCCACCACGAGGCUCAAGCCACCACAAGGUCGCAUUGUGCGUUUCCUGCAGGGGGAUUGUGCCUGGGAUGAUUCUAUCCACUCAAGCCGAUUGGGCUGCCCAUAAGGAGGACACCGAUCCACCUGGAGAGCAGAGUGGUGUGAAGGAUACGUUUCAAGAGGCCCGUGAGGGAGAAGGAAGAGUAACCAAGGUGAGUUGUCCUUCCAAAUCGGACAAGGUUCCUGCUAAGCAGGAAGCCGAGUCCGGGGAGACUCAGACGGACACCGAUGAGUGCGCUCAAGUGAAGCCCUUGAAGCUCACACACAUCAAGAGUGAAGUCGAGAUCCCCCUUGAUGAAGCCGACACCGUGGUCAUGGAAGCAGCUGAGGAAGCCGUGCUUGAAGUCGACACCAGGGUGAUGGAAGGCGAGAAGAAGGGGACAAAAUGGAUGUGGAUCCACGCGUUUGCCAAUGAAGCCGUGAUUGAAGUGAAGGAAUGGGGCUCGAAGCCCAACCACACUCGCAGCUUCCAAAAGAAGGAUGAGAAUGGGACAAUGAACACCUACGAACUUCUAUGGGCCAAGGUGGAACCAAAAGAUCGAAGCUCGGACUAUUGUCCCAAGUGCCACAGCACAUGUGAUCAGCACCAUGAAGAUUGUGAAUACAAGAAACAAACGGCCUAUGGAUGGUGCAAUCAAUUUCCUUGCAGGCAUCAAAAGAAAAAGGGACGGCAAAGAUGCUCUCGAAGACAUUUCGGGUGCAACUAUUGCCACCAAGAGAGCACCGGCCAUUGCAUCGCCAACCAUUCAGAUGUGGUUUACUACCACUUGAAUCUGUGUGACCCAGAAUGCCAUGGCCAGUUACUGCAGUAAAAUGCCAGGGCCAGUGGCCCACACUAGCUUGGCAGCUUCUCCGUGCCAACAGGCGUAA